GCCUUAAAAAAAGCCAGAUUUAAUUUGUUGUUUGAGCGCUAGCAUCUUGAAAGUUGCACAAAAACUGAAGCAGACACAGCUUUAACAAAAGCAAAACCAUUUGUAUAGGCUGUGCUUGAAAAUAUAAAAAAUGGCCGAAGAAGAGCAAAGAAUAGAUAGCAGGGUUUCUAUUAUGGUCAACUUCAUACUCUGCCAUUCGGCCAACAAAGUACCAAUCAAGUACAGUGAUUUAUCAUCAAUAGUGGAUGGCAAACAUGAAGUAAACAAACGUCUACCAUUUGUGACGGAGCUACUGGAGCAGCGGUAUGGCAUGAAGCUAGUGCAAUUGGAAGGAGCCGGCAAAAGAUACAUAACUGUAGCCGAGGCGCCAGUUUGUUCCAUACACGAGCUAACAACAAAUCAGCGUCCACAAUUCACACUGAUCUCCAUUGUACUUACGUACAUAUUCUUGCGUAGCAAUCGAUUGGAAGAGGAAAAACUGUACAAUAUGCUGGACGAAAUGGGUGUGAAUGUGCAGGAGGAGCAUGGCUAUUUUGGUGACAACAUACGCAAACUAAUUGAGGAUACAUUUGUGAAGCAGCAGUAUCUGAAGCGAGAGCGUUCACAACUCUCUUCCAAUGAUGAUCCCAAGAACUACUAUAGCUGGGGACAGCGUGCCAAACUGGAGUUUACUUAUGAGAACAUAGUACAGUUUGCAUGUAAGCUAUUGGAUAAGGACGAGGAAUUCUUUGAGCAACAUUUAAUGACUGCGUACGCCGCAGAUAAUCCAGAGUUAAUGUACCAGCAGUCAAUGAGCACCAGUGUAAACGAUAACUCAAAUAUUGGAUAAUGCUACUCAGUAAACCUUUGUUUUUGAUUAUAAGUUUAACAAAACCUUAAACAAAAUAAAUACAAAUUGUUA